AUGUCUAACAUACCAGGAAAGAAGAAAAGUUGCUUCGAGAUUACUAGUGUCACCCAGGCUCAAGUGGCACGUAACACCAUCACAGACAGUGAAAGUAUCGAGGACCCAGACGAGUCUCAAACCGUAGAUGUAUCUCGCACAGAGCUGGGAGUAACUUCUGAGGAGCUUCUUCUGAACCACACUGGGGAUUAUCAUAUCGGGCCAGCGUCGGGAAAUGGUGCCUUCCUUCAUAAGAGUUCCGUCACAGAAGGGGUUCAGUCUGAAGACUCCAGGUCAGAUUCCCUCCCUUUGUCCAUCUCUGUCAGGCCUCUGAUCACGGAGGGUCUCAGCCUGUCUGCUCCAACUGUCAGCUUGUUUGGCAUCGCCAUUCCUGUGGCUCAAGAUGAUGACAGGUACGAAGGGCACUGA